CUAAAUCAGCUGUUUUUUGAUUACGCCGAGUGUCGUAAGUGGCUAAAAGUGCACUUCUUUGAGUUUUCGGAAAUUCGGGGAUAAGAAAAUGUCGAAGCACGCCCUUAUAGGCGGUGGCACCGGCUUCAUAGGCCGCAAUCUGGCCCAACACCUGACGCACAAGGGCUACGAUGUAACGGUCAUCUCCCGAAUGCCAGGAGAAAAACGAAUCACUUGGCACGAAAUCGAGAAGAAUGGAAUUCCCAAUUCCGUGACCUCGGUAGUGAAUGCAACAGGCCAAAAUGUCUUGGAUCCAUCGAGACGUUGGACUCCCGGCUUCCAGCAGAAUGUGUGGAACUCCCGCAUCAAUUCAUCCAAAACACUGGCUCAGGCCUUAAAGGCAGCUCCCCAGGUCACCUCCUUCGUAAACCUAUGCGGUGUUAGCCAUUAUCCACCCUCUGAGUCCAAGGUCUACAAUGAGAAGGACAAGGUUGAGGGUUUCGACUACAUGUCCAAACUAUGUUUGGCCUGGGAGCAGGCGGCUCAGAGUGGCGGUGAAGAGGAUUGCAAAAGGACCAUCCUUCGAACUGGCGUUGUCGUAGGACUUGGAGGCGGAAUGAUCCAAUCUAUUUGGUUGCCGUUCAAACUUGGUGUUGGCGGUCCCUUGGGCACAGGCAAACAGAUCAUGCCCUGGAUACACAUGCAGGACCUCUGCAGUCUGAUACAACACAUAAUUGAGAAGCCGGUUAGAGGCGUGGUAAAUGCCGUGGCCCCUGAAAUUGCUAGCAACGGGAGUUUCAGCAAGGCAUUUGCCAAAGCCUUGAAUCGUCCCUGCAUCUUCAACGUGCCCGAGUUCGUGGUGCAUGCCAUUUUUGGCAAUGAUCGAGCUGCUCUUCUCCUUAGUGGAGCCAAAGUGGAGCCCAAAGAAGCCAUCGCCUCCGGCUUCAAGUUUCAGUAUCCUACCGUCAAUGAGGCCGUGAAAGAGUUGACCCGGAAGCGAUGAACUGGAUUGCCAAUGGUUACUGAUUAGUUUAGAGUUUCCUGUACAUAAAAGUCAUGGACAGUGGCCGCGCAAAUUAAAUCUCAAAUUUCUGCAA